GACAAUCUGAUUGCCUUUCCAUUUAUGAUGCUGGGUCCCAACCAUCUGCAAUGGAAUGGGAGGAGUUGAUCAAUAAAGUAGCUGUAGGUUGGCAAAGUAGCCCACUCUAGCCAAAGCCUAUCAAAACUCGCGGGACAGUCGGUUUCAAGAAGAAUUGGCGACGCUUUAUCAUACCAGUGUAGGUGUAGGGCUUCCUCUGCUGCGGCUAACUAGCGAUUGGUUGCAAGCCCGGAUUUAGCUAACACCAUUCGUGUUUACACUUGAACUAAUUACAAAACGGUUUAUAUGACAGUUAGUUCUACAUGUGGUAUGCAAUGGGGUCGAUGUGUGGGUCCAUGCAGUCUAUUGGAUUUAUCUGUAAUGCUUGAUUUCCACGAAACUCCAUGUCCAGACAAAUGGGAAUCGUUGUUGCUAUGGAGAAGCUGCGACUUCCAAGAUUGGGGUAGGCCGUAGCAUCGUAUUAGGUUUGCAUUUAUGACUGAAGAAAGAAAACAGAUAGAGGAUUACCCACUUUAAAUAGAGAAGAAGUUAAGGAUAUAUUUUUCCUUCGAAGUAAAACUGUGAAGAUUUAAGGAACAUGCCGCCCAGGCCUUCUUCAGGGGAAUUAUGGGGCAUCCACUUGAUGCCCCCGAAAAUCCUAGUGGACUGUCUGCUGCCCAAUGGCAUGAUCCUUACCCUGGAGUGCCUCCGUGAGGCCACACUUAUCACUAUCAAACAUGAACUGUUCAAGGAGGCACGGAAAUACCCGCUGCACCAUCUUCUGCAGGAGGAGACUUCCUACAUCUUUGUCAGUGUUACCCAGGAGGCAGAGCGAGAAGAGUUUUAUGAUGAGACCAGGAGGCUCUGUGACCUCAGGCUCUUCCAGCCCUUCUUAAAAGUAAUUGAGCCUGUGGGGAACAGGGAGGAAAAAAUUCUCAACCGAGAGAUUGGUUUUGCGAUUGGCAUGCCUGUGUGUGAGUUUGAUUUGGUGAAGGACCCCGAGGUCCAGGACUUCCGAAGAAACAUUCUAAAUGUAUGCAAAGACUCUGUGGAACUCCGAGAUGCCAAUGGCCCUCAUAGUCGGGCAUUAUAUGUUUACCCUCCCAAUGUGGAGUCUUCGCCCGAGCUUCCCAAGCACAUCUAUGCCAAACUUGACAAAGGUCAAAUAAUUGUGGUAAUUUGGGUAAUAGUCUCCCCUAACAAUGACAAGCAGAAAUACACACUCAAGAUCAACCAUGACUGUGUGCCGGAGCAGGUUAUAGCAGAAGCCAUUAGGAAGAAAACGAGGAGUAUGCUGCUUUCACCCGAGCAGCUGAAAAUGUGCGUGCAGGAGUAUCAGGGGAAAUACAUCCUCAAAGUGUGCGGCUGUGAUGAGUACCUUUUGGAAAAAUAUCCCCUCAGUCAGUACAAGUAUGUGAGGAGCUGUAUUAUGCUGACUCGAAUGCCCAACCUCAUGCUGAUGGCGAAAGACAGCCUUUACUCUCAGCUACCAGUGGACAACUUUACUAUGCCCUCCUACGCCCGUCGCAUCUCCACAGCAACCCCAUACAUGAACGGCGAGGCCUCCACAAAGUCCCUGUGGACAAUCAAUGGCAUGUUGAGGAUACGUGUGCUAUGUGCCACAUACGUUAAUGUAAACAUCAGGGACAUUGACAAGAUUUAUGUGCGGACAGGGAUCUACCAUGGUGGUGAGCAGCUGUGCGAUAAUGUCAACACACAACGUGUACCAUGCUCUAAUCCCAGGUGGAAUGAAUGGCUGCAAUAUGACAUGUACAUUCCUGAUAUCCCGAGGGCCGCCCGCCUCUGUCUGUCCAUCUGCUCGGUUAAAGGGAGGAAGGGGGCAAAAGAGGAGCACUGUCCACUUGCCUGGGGAAAUGUGAACCUCUUUGACUACACUGACACUCUGGUGUCAGGCAAGAUGGCGCUGAAUCUUUGGCCUGUACCUCAUGGCCUGGAGGACCUGCUCAACCCUAUUGGUGUCACUGGGUCCAAUCCCAAUAAGGAAACCCCUUGCCUGGAGUUGGAGUUUGACUAUUUCAGCAGUCCUGUGAAGUUCCCCGACAUGGCCACCGUGGAGGAUCACGCUAAUUGGAUCAUAUCUAGAGAGAUGGGAUACAAUUACUGCCAAACUGGUCAGAGUUCCCGCCUGGCUCGCGACCAUGCCAUGACUGAAAGUGACAUCGAGCAGCUUAGACAUUUGUGCAACAGAGAUCCACUCUCUGAGAUCACUGAGCAGGAGAAGGAUUUCCUCUGGAGACACAGGCAAUAUUCUGCGAAUAUGCCAGAAAUCUUGCCCAAGAUUUUACUUGCAGUGAAGUGGAACUCGCGUGAUGAAGUAGCACAGAUGUAUUGCCUUCUGAAAGAAUGGCCAGCAAUAAAACCUGAACAAGCCAUGGAGUUGCUAGAUUGUAACUAUCCAGAUCCAAUGAUUCGGGACUUUGCUGUACGGUGCCUUGAGAAGUAUUUGACAGAUGACAAGCUGUCCCAGUACCUCAUUCAGCUUGUUCAGGUCUUGAAGUAUGAGCAGUACCUGGAUAAUCCUCUGGUCCGAUUUUUACUGAAGAAAGCCCUAACUAACCAGAGGAUAGGACACUUCUUCUUUUGGCACUUAAAGUCGGAGAUGCACAAUAAGACUGUGAGCCAGCGCUUUGGGCUGCUGCUGGAGUCCUACUGCCGUGCCUGUGGCAUGUACCUGAAACACCUGAGUCGACAGGUGGAAGCCAUGGAGAAGCUCAUCAACCUCACGGACAUCCUCAAGCAGGAGAAGAAGGAUGAAACUCAGAAGGUGCAGAUGAAGUUCCUGGUGGAGCAGAUGAGGAGGCCAGACUACAUGGACGCUCUCCAGAACUUCACCUCUCCACUCAACCCAGCACACCAGCUGGGCAACCUACGGUUUGAUGAGUGUCGAAUCAUGUCGUCAGCCAAGAGGCCGCUGUGGCUGAACUGGGAGAAUCCCGACAUCAUGUCAGAGCUGCUCUUCCAGAACAAUGAAAUAAUUUUCAAGAAUGGAGACGAUCUACGGCAAGAUAUGCUAACACUUCAGAUCAUUAGAAUAAUGGAAAACAUCUGGCAAAACCAAGGCUUAGACCUAAGGAUGCUGCCGUAUGGUUGUCUUUCUAUUGGUGACUGUGUGGGUCUGAUUGAAGUGGUGAGAAGUUCCCACACCAUCAUGCAGAUCCAGUGCAAAGGAGGCCUGAAGGGAGCGUUACAGUUCAACAGCUCCACCCUACACCAGUGGUUGAAGGACAAGAACAAGGGAGAGAUGUAUGAUAUGGCCAUUGACCUGUUUACACGAUCAUGUGCUGGCUAUUGCGUAGCCACGUUCAUUCUGGGAAUAGGUGAUCGACAUAAUAGUAACAUUAUGGUGAAGGAUGAUGGACAGCUGUUUCACAUAGACUUUGGCCAUUUCCUGGACCACAAGAAGAAGAAGUUUGGCUACAAAAGAGAGCGAGUGCCCUUCGUCUUAACACAAGACUUUUUAAUAGUCAUAAGCAAAGGGACGCAAGAGUGCACAAAAACAAGAGAGUUUGAGAGGUUCCAGGAGAUGUGCUACAAGGCCUACCUAGCUAUCAGGCAGCAUGCAAACCUGUUCAUCAACCUCUUCUCCAUGAUGCUGGGCUCUGGGAUGCCCGAGUUGCAAAGCUUCGAUGACAUUGCGUACAUCCGCAAGACUCUGGCUCUGGACAAGACGGAGCAGGAGGCCCUGGACUACUUCAUGAAGCAGAUGAACGACGCUCACCACGGCGGCUGGACCACCAAAAUGGACUGGAUCUUCCACACCAUCCGGCACCACGCCCAGAACUGAGACGAGACUCUGAGCGCUCACACAGAGUGCGAGCAUCCGCAGGUUGAGCGGAGAGUGGACGUACGGUCAUACGGAAGGUUGGACGGACGGAACACACACUGCCCCCUCCCCCUCCCUCUGUAGGUUGGCACAGUGGCACACUCAAACCUCAUGAACUCGUAGGGGAGCGCUGUGAGCGGCCUACAGAGCACUACACAAUCCAGAGUGACCUUUUUUCUUUGUGUGUGUGUUUUGUCUUUUUACUCUCUUCAUUCUUUGUUUGUGUUUCUCUCACCUGCAGCAUCUCUAAAAGAAGAAACUUUACCUGCCUACAACCAAUGGUUCACAGUGUAGUACCUGCCAAUUCCUCUGUCUCUCCUCAGUGUUGGCUGCUUAUUUUUUGGAAUUACUUUCAUGUUUGGAGAGACUGGUUGGAGUUGUUCAUUCCUUUCAUGCCUCUUUGUAAGAAAACUAAAAGAAACAAGCAAAAAAAAAACAGAAAAAAACCAACAACAAUCGCCUCUUUACGUUUCAGGAGCUUUGGGGGUGUAAAGUCUUCCUCAAACUUUAAAUGCCUUUCAAAAUAUGCACGGAACUCUGAAACUCCCAAGCGAAACAGGGUAUUAUUUCUUUUAGCCUGCUCCCCCUCCCCCUUUCCUUUCCAUUUGAGGUCUACAACUUGUCCCUGUCAACUCGUGUACACACGCACUAAAAAGAUGUUUCUGUGGAAGGGACUGAUGUGCAGAUGCCCAGCGGCGACACCUUGUGUACACUGCUGGUAACAACAGCAUUUCACUGACACCAACAAACUAGGCUCCUGAAAGCUCCCCUAACAUGGCUGAUCAUGCUGAGGUGUUUUUAUUUAUUUACAACUUUUUUUUUUCCUUUUGCAUUUUUCCACCCCUCCCCUGUCUCUCUCGUAUUGUGCUUGUUAUACCUUAACAACAUGGACCCAGUUUAUUCUGUCAAGAAAGAUGAAUGUGCAACUAGAAAACCUGUGCAGUGUAGAUAUACAAAGCCUUAAAUGUAAGUUGAAGUGCAAUGAGUGCUUGGUUCUGCGCUCGUGUUUUGGAUGCUAUAGGAAAGGCAAGUGCAAGUCUCUGGAAGAGUGCUGCUUAGGUAAAGCGCAUCAUGCGUUUUAGAUGACUCGGCUGAGAUGAAUGUCUGAGAACUGUUGGUUCCUUUUUUAAUGCGGAGUCAUAUUUCAUUGUGGUUGGUUGAUGGUUGUGAUAUGGGCAGUCCUUGUAUGAAGACAGAAAGGUGCUAAGAGAUCGUUUCAUAAAAGCAGCAUCAUUAGAUAGGGGUGUGAGCAGUGUGCGAUGCUUAAGGCAAAAGGAAACUGUGAAAUCGGGAUUGAGUGGAUUUGUUCGUUGUGUGUAACACUAUAGUAUGUUUGGUCUAAAUAGCUGUAUAUAUAUUUAACUGCUUUGCAAUGAUCCCAACCUUCCUUAUGGUGGAAAUUGUACAGUGAGAUAUUGUAAAGGAAAACAGAACAGAACUGUAACUACAUUGUGUGUGUGUGUGUGUGUGUGUGUGUGUGUGUGUGUGUGUGCGCGCGCUAGUUAACGGUGUGCUUAUCAACUCUGACUUUUAUGCCACCAAACCAAAACGGGCGGAUCUGAAAAGUCCUGUUGAGAGUGCUAGUGUUAUGAUGGCAUUAGUCUGAGCAGUCUAAUCAUUUGGUUAUGUAACGUUAGGUUUCCGACCAGCUAUGGCCCAGUAUCAGGAAAAUGUACCCCUAAAGACAGAUGAGCAUGAUUUAUUAACAGACAGUUAUGAACUUCUCAAGCUAGGGUGAUUGGUGUAUUUUAGACUGCCAAUAUCCCUAUAGGCAUACAAGGACUGAUGAAAUAGGGGUCAUCCUCUAGCCCAUUUGAUGAUGUCCAUCACAUCACCUAACCAGAUGUGUGCAGUCAGUAGGAGCUCACUAAACAAAUUGUGACAAAGAUUUCAGCAUGUUUUGAAAAACUGACAAGGUUAUUAAUGAGGUGAAAUCAUGCUUUGAGGUAGACUUCAGUCCUUUCAGAAACUUCUCUUUGAUCAAUGGAAGAAAAGGGCAUUUGCUGUACAACCUUUCUGCCCAGAAAAUAUUUUUUCUUUGUAUGAGCCAAAGCCAAAGUUUUUUUUGUUUUGUUUGUUCGUCCUCUUUUUAAGAUGGUAUUUCGUCUUACCAUUGAGAACACAAAGCACUGAAGUGGUCAGGCAAAGUCUCCUCCAUGAGGUGUGGUUUUGAUCAUAACAUGCAGAGAAACAGUGUUUGCACAGUAGAAUACUACAGAGUGUGUUAUCUUCUCAGAUAUGCUAGAAAGGCACAAACUAGCUUUGUUCGAAGUUAUAGAGUUAUAAGCUCAGACAGAAAGAAAGCUGUAGUGUGUGUGUGUGUGUGGGGGGCAGUUUACUUUCUGAGGACGUUUCUGCCACUGACAGAAAUCUUACAGAAACACAGUAAUACAAAACUAAUAUCCAAAUUCAUUUGACGGUCAAACAUGUAGCUAUAUUACGAAUGCAUCAAACAUCAACACUUUUCCCUCCAGACCAUUUCCAUCAAAUCUUGAAAGUUUUUGGAUUUGAUUGUGCAAUUCCAGACUUCUUACGCAUUCAUCUGCGAUACUUGAGGGUUAAAAAACAUGUGGUUCUCAUAUGCAGUAAACCAAUGAAUAGGUAUACACAAUUUGACAAUAUUUGGUGUAUGCAGGUGUUUAUUGCACUAUGUAAUUGUUUUCCUUUUUGUUUGUUUUUCCUUCAAAUGCCUUUUUGUUUUGUUUGAAAGGACACUGACCUUAAUUCUCUUGCAUGUAUUUUUAAGCAAUGUAACCAAUUGUACUCCUUUACUAUAUGAAAUGGAUGGAUCAGAUGCAUUAGAAGCUAGAAAUGCUAAGUAGCCUUACUUUGGCCCCCUUUGAAGCCAUUAACUGCAUGGUUCUCCUCACUCUCUUUGGUGUUCUGUUGUCUGUACAGGCUACAGAUCCUCCUGGGCUGGACCCACUAAAGGCCCAUUGGAAUUAUUAUGUCAUUUUGUGGUUAAUACUUUUAAGCCUUUUUUUUUUUUUUUUUACAGCAACUGGGACUAUAUUGAGAUGUUGGACUUCUAGCAUCUUUUCUAUGACAAAAAAGAAGAAAAAAAAAAAACCUUUCAUACUUCAGUUUCAAAAUGUUUUACUUGAAUUUCAUGGCUCAGAACCAUCUUUGUAUGUCAAAAACAGAGCUGUUGUUGCCAUGUGGUGUAGCACUGAAGGUUGGCUUGCAUAGGCAGUUUCAUACCGAUUGUGAAUGUUAAAAUCUUUUAGGUUGUUUAAGUCGCACUAUGGUUAGAAACACUAAUGUGUGCCCAUUUGGGCCCUAUUUUGAAGUAAAACAAAUAUUAAAAUGCAUUUGACAUAUUUGAGGACUUUCAGAAGGUGAUGUUGAAAAGCAAGGUCAAUAUAGGUUCCUGUGCUGUACUGAAAUGUUUUCAGUGGUUACAUUUCUGUAUCAUUCUGGAGAGUACUUAGCCAUUUACAUCUUAAAUUCUAUUUUCAUACAUUAUUAUUAUUAUAUUAUCGCCAUCACUACUAUGACUAUAUUAUGGGCCAAAUACUCUUACAUACAUUCAUUCAGCAUGAGAUUUGAAUAAGAAAUCCCUAUUUGGUUUAUUUUCAUGUACCUUUUAAAGUUUGGCCUAAGACUGCACUCUAGUAACCCCCUAUUACAUCUAAAUUACUAACCAAUAACAGACCCCCAUUUUCAUUUAUGUACUUUCAUUGUGCACCACAGUUAACUUGCUUUGUACCCUGUUUGUCUCCAGUAUUUUGAGUGUUAUGUGACGAUGUACAAAUAAACAUAUUUCAGUAUAA